UACGUGGGUGCUUUGCAGUGAGGUCGGAGCCAUCCCUCUGUAUUUUUUUUCCGGCAAAAGCAGGCAGCAGUGGGCAAAACUCCCCAAGGAAUGUAGAAAUUGGGGUGAAAAGGGUCUGAGCAUCGGGGCAGGGGGUGGCGAGCGAGCGAGCGACCACGUGUGUGCGUGUCAGGGUUGGAAAUCGCUGCUCCGCCGGGCUGGAGGAGAGGGGGGAAAGGGGGACAGAAAAUCAGCCGCAGCCACGUUUUCCAAAAAGCCGGAGCGAGCGUUCCUGCUCGCCGCCGCUUCCAAGAAACGGAGAGACCCGGGGAGGAAAAUUGCGGUGAUUCAUCGCGGGCAGAUCGGAGGCAGGAAAUGGGAGUUCGCUGCCUGCCCCGUGCCCGGCGUGGGCUCCGUGGGCUCGGGCUCGCCGGGGCCUGGCUGGCGGCGAGGGCCUGACGCCAACGGGUCGAGCAUCCCUGCGCCACGGCGGGAGCUGCCGGAGGAGCCGCCGGCUAAGGGAAAACAACCAGCGGAGGCCGGGACCCGCAGCACCGGGGAUUUUUCACCUGCGUUUCUGCGGAGCCAUCCAAGCGAGAGCUGCCCGAUCCUCACGUUGGGAUUGGGGUCAGGACUUCGGGACCCUUUUGUUUGGGCCGGUGUGGCAGAACCCUUGUGACGGGGACAGGACCUGGGGACAUCUGCAUUGGCGUCAGGAUUUGGGGAGCUCCGUGCAGGGACUGGAAACAGGGACAGUGUGGGCAGGUUGUGUCUGUCCCCUCCCUCCUCGCAGGGACGGUGAGCAGGGAUCACAUCCAGGCUCCCAUGGAGUGCUCCAGCACCAUCGCCCUGGGGGGCUCCGGAUAAUUCACAUGUGGCACCGGAGCUGCUUAACUCCAUCCUGAUCCAGCCUUCACCCCCAAAACCCCACUGCCAUGAAGAAGAAGCCGUCCAACGGGCGGGGGCCGGACCCUGCAGCCCCCCAACAGCGAGCCCGGGGUGUCACCAAGCCAGCAGAGUACGUGGGUUCCUUCGUGGUGGAGGAGCUGGACCUGCAGCAGCAGGGGGGGCGGCUGGAGGAGCAGCUGCGGGCACUGAAGGACUGUCCCAGGAGGAGGUUGGUGGUGCUGAGGUUCAGUUUGCAGGGUUUGAAGGUCUACGGCGCUGAUGGGGAGACCCUGCUGAUGGCCCACGCUCUCCGCCGGAUCCUGUACAGCACGUGCUGCCUCGCCGACCGCCAGUUCGCCUUCGUGGCCCGCAACCCCCACAGCCCCCCCAGCUCCCUCUUCUGCCACCUCUUCGUGGGGCUCCCGGGAGAGGUCCAGACCCUGCACCUCCUGCUCUGCCGCUGCUUCCAGCUCUGCCACCUCCUGGCGCACCCCGAGGAGCAGGCGGCCGAGGGGGAGCCCCCGGGGCCGGGGGUGCUGCGGGAGCCCCUCAACCCCGACGAGGUGUCUCGCAACGUGAACGCCCUGGUGUCGUUCCGGCGCCUGCCCGCGCCCGCCGGGCUCGGCUCGCUGGGCACAGGGGACCGGCGGCCGGAGGCAGAGGGCAGAGCCGGCUCCUGGCGCCCGGGGAACCCCUACUGCUCCCCGGUGCUGGUGCGCAAGAAAGCCAUUCGCAGCAAAGUGCUGCGCUCGGGGGCCUACCGGGACUGCGGGGCCGAGGGGCAGCUCCACCAACCGCCCCGCGACGCCGCGGCGGCGGGAUGGGAGAGCAAAGGUGCGCGGAGCUUGGCCCUCCUGCCCGAGAACGAGAGCGUCCUGGCCGAGAGCGUGUGGGCCUUCGCCGGCAUCGCCAGGGACGCGGGGGUCGCGCUGCUGCGGCGGGACGUGCCCGGAGCUUUCCUGCUGCGCCCCGAGCCCGGGCUGCCCAAGCGCUGGUGCCUGUGGGUGCGGGCGCCCUGCGGCGUCGUGUCCUACGGCCUCCUCAGGACACACCAGGGCAGGUUCUGCGUGGAGCACUCCAACGCCGAGUUCGCCAGCGUGGCCGCCCUCCUGGCCCACUACUCGGGAGCGCCGGGGAGCUGCUUCUGCCGCCUGGCCCCCGGCCACCGCAACCCCGGCUACGAGGAGCGGGACCCCGGCGGCGGGGCCGGCGCCUGCGGGGGGGAGUCCGCCUGGGCCCCCUCUGCCCCCAUCGGGGCGCAGCACGAGCGGGGGUAGGCCCGGCCCCCCCUCUCCCCGUGCACGGCUGCCCCCCGGCCCCCCCGAGCUUUAACUGGCUGCCAUCUGCCUUAUCCAUCCCUCCCUCCCGCGGGCUGCGCGCGCUGUCCGGCAAUAAACGGCUCUUGUG